AUGCGGCGGGAUGUCGGACGAGUCGCUCUCGUCGCUGUAUUCGGGGGGAGAGUGUGGUGUUGGACAGUAUGGUGACGCUGCUUCCAGGGAUGCUGAGCAGAUUGCCAUAUUGUGGGAUAUAGUAGCUUUUGCUUGGCAGGUCGGGCUUGUGGGUUAUGUUCUGGUUUAAUGCUUUGUUUAGAGCGGAUACCUAGGGAGGUGUUGAAAGGUGUGAUGUUAGAGGAUUGGGCGUCCUCUGAAAAGGCCAACGAGGUGAAUUAUAAACUGAGAAGUGGGUUAUUGAUGGUUAUAGAAUCAUACAUCUCAAAGA